GUCAAGUCAGCGCUCAUCAGCCACACCAACCACCGGAAGAGCUAACGUGGGGCUCACGUGACACGCUCCCCACGCCCUACGUAGCACCUGGGGCAAAGGUCUUCGUGUCUUGCCCCCGCCCACGUGCGUGGCCCGGCUCCACCCACCGGCGAGGGAGCUUGGCCGGCGCCGCGGGCUCGCCCGCCCACGCCCCGUGUCUCUGUCGCGGGCCGGUGGCGCGGUGGCCGAGUGCUGAUGAGUGCGGCUCCGGGCGCGCGGGGGCCGGUGUGCGCGGUGGAGUCCCCGCCGGCCCCGCCCUUGCGGCCCCUGUUCAGACACGUGCGGUACGAGAACCUCGUGGCGGGUCUGAGCGGCGGUGUCGUCUCCACCCUGGUGCUGCAUCCGCUGGACCUGGUGAAGAUCCGCUUCGCAGUAAGUGACGGGUUGGAAUUGAGACCAAAAUACAAUGGGAUUCUACACUGUUUGACCACUGUCUGGAAGCAUGAAGGACUACAUGGCCUGUACAAAGGGGUAACUCCAAAUAUUUGGGGUGCAGGUGCCUCCUGGGGACUCUACUUUUUCUUCUAUAAUGCCAUCAAAGCCUAUAAGGAGGAAAGAAAGCUAGAAAGUCUUGGUGCAACGGAGCACCUAGUGUCAGCUGCUGAGGCUGGAGUCAUGACCCUCUGUAUCACAAACCCAAUAUGGGUAACGAAGACGCGGCUUGUGUUACAGUACGAUGCUGGCAUUGAUUCAUCAAAGCGCCAGUACAAAGGAAUGUUUGAUGCUCUUAUAAAGAUAUACAAGCUGGAGGGUAUACGUGGCUUAUACAAGGGAUUUGUGCCAGGUCUGUUUGGAACUUCACAUGGAGCACUUCAGUUCAUGGCAUAUGAAGAUCUGAAAUUGAGAUACAAUAAACAUAGAAACAGACGAUUGGAUACAAAAUUGACUGCUUUAGAAUACAUUACCAUGGCAGCACUAUCCAAAAUAUUUGCUGUGUCAGCAACAUACCCAUAUCAAGUAGUGCGAGCUCGUCUUCAGGAUCAACACAAUAGGUACUCUGGAAUGGUUGAUGUUAUUCGCAGGACGUGGAGGAAAGAAGGAGUUCAUGGAUUUUACAAAGGAAUCAUCCCCAAUGUGAUCAGAGUGACUCCUGCCUGCUGUAUCACCUUUGUAGUGUAUGAAAAUGUAUCCAAUUUUUUGCUUAAUUUUAGAAAAGAGACUAAUUAAAUUAAAGCUAGGAGUUUGCA